UAUGAGUCGCACACACAGAGCUGCUUGAUGCUGAACAGAUCAAAGAUGAGCCCACAUGCAAAUUUCAGAUCAUAUCUACUCUUUUCUGUUCUAUUCAUGCCUUGGACAAUUUGUCAAGGAGGCAAGAUUUUGAUUGUUCCUUUAGAGGGAAGCCACUGGGUGAACAUGGACAUCUUCAUCAAAGCUCUCCACUCUCGGGGCCAUUCUGUCACAGUGAUACGGACGACCAAAAGCUGGUACAUCAAAGAGAGCUCUCCACAUUACGAUUCAAUCACCAUUCCUGUCACUGAAGGCUUUGAUCCUGAAUUUGUAAACCCAAUCCUCAGGAAAAUGAUUGAUAUAGAGAGGGGAGAUAGCUCACUGAUAAACUUUGCAAGUUUGCAAGUAGAGAUGUUUAGUGCAAUGUUAAAUAUUCAUAGAAUGGUGAACAAAAUGGCUACAGACAUGUUUAGAGAUAAAUUCUUGAUGAAUAGCCUAAAAGAGAGCAAGUACGACCUGGUGCUUACUGACCCAGCAUGGGGUGCAGGUAUUAUGCUGGCUCACUCUCUUAAACUUCCUUUAGUAUAUAAUGUUAGGUGGAUAACUAGUGGGGAGGGACAUUUGGCCAUUUCACCUUCACCUUUAUCUUACAUUCCAGUGACUGGGUCAGGACUCUCAGACAAAAUGACUUUUGUACAGAGAAUCAAAAAUCUGUUUUUCUACUUUCUUUGGCAAGUUCAGGAUAGAUUGUUAAUCCAACCUCAGUAUCAAGCUGUUUGUGACGAGUUUUUUGGAUCAGAUGUUGACUUUUAUGAUCUAGUACAGGAGGCUGAUCUGUGGCUCAUGAGAGUUGACUUUGUGUUUGAGUUCCCUCGCCCAACAAUGCCUAAUGUUAUCUACAUGGGCGGGUUCCAGUGUAAACCUGCAAAACCUCUUCCUCAACACCUGGAGGACUUUGUCCAGAGCUCUGGGGAGCAUGGAGUCAUCAUCAUGUCUCUGGGGACUUUUGUCAGUGAACUACCUGGUGAUAUUACAAAGGCCAUAGCUGCAGCUUUUGCCAAAUUACCUCAGAAAGUCAUCUGGAGGCAUAAAGGUGUCAGCCCAGAAACUCUGGGCAAUAAUACUUUACUAGUUGACUGGAUGCCGCAGAAUGACCUUUUAGGACAUCCUAAAAUAAAACUGUUUGUGGCUCAUGGAGGAACCAAUGGAGUUCAAGAGGCCAUUUAUCACGCAGUGCCAAUUGUGGGCCUACCUCUGUUUUUUGAUCAAUAUGACAACCUCCUUCGUCUGACAGAGAGAGGAGCAGCUAAGAUGUUAACCUUAGCGACAGUGGACAAAGACAACAACUUCCUUAAGGCCUUACAGGAGGUCCUCCAUGAGCCGUCCUACAGGAUGAACAUGGAGAGGCUCUCCAGGCUGCACAGAGACCAGCCAAUCAAGCCACUGGACCUCGCCCUCUUCUGGAUAGAGUUUGUCAUGAGGCACAAAGGUGCUGCUCACCUGCGCACAGAGUCCUACAAGAUGCCUUGGUACUCCUACCACUCUGUAGAUGUUAUUGUCUUCUUAGCAGGAGUUGUGCUGUUCAUUCUGGGGACUUUUGCUGCCAUAAUCAAAUGUCUGUGCUCUAGACUGCGUUUGAGAACAAAAAGUAAACGUGAUUAACUGUGACACAGCAUUUGUUGUUGUUUGAUUUUAAUAAUUUCAGUUGCAAACAAACUGUCCAACAGUGUCUAACAGAAGGCCUUGGUGUUACUACCACUAUAAAUGUUCUUAUGUUCUUGCUUGGAGAAGUGCUGUUUCUAUUUUCAUCUCAGUGUCUUUUCAUUUCUUUGUUUACAGAUUACAAUGUGUUGUAAACAUAAAUUAGAGUACUAAUUUAAGCCAUACAGAAGGAUAUUGCCUUCACUUGAGAUUUUUUUCUGAAUUAUCAAUACAAUCAUCUUAGAACUCUGAGGAAAAUGUUCUUGUCAAUUUAGAAAAAAUUGAGCAUAUUUGUUUCCAUGAAAAAUGUUCUCAUAAUUGUCCAGAAUAUAGUGAAGGAUGACUCUUUUUACCACAUUACUAUUUCCACAUCUGUGUAGAGCAAUGCCAGUGGUUUUACACCACUCAGCUCUCAAAUGUGCAUGUCUUCAUAAAGGGGACUUCAUUGCGGUCCAUUGCAGUCCUGCUGUAAUAUCCCUCCCUAUGUACAGGAUUUUUGAAUGAAUGACAUUAAAAUCUGUGCCAGACUGCACUGAAGCUGUUCUGGCAGUUUGUGAUGCUCCAACAACUUAUGAAUAAGACAUGUUAUGUUGAUUUUUCUUUUAGUUUGUUACUCAUCUGUAAAUUUUAUGUAUUGAAAUUAUGAGCAAUAGCCUACAUGUUUGACUUAAUUUUCAAACAAACAAACAAAAAUGUUUGUGGCUAUU